AUGAAGGACGAAGAAUUGCUUAUACAAAACGGAUCAGGAUCAGAAGAAAAAUAUAAUCACAUGUGCCAGUGUCGUAACAGUGAUGAUACCGAUAAUAUUUUUAAUAAAAAGUGUCGGUGUUACAGAGAUUUUCACAAACACAAUCAUCAGAUUACUAUAUCUGAUGUCGUGUUUAAGCAUAGAUGGAGUAGUGUUAGUUCUUCGGAUCUUAUGUUUUUGAAUUCGGAGAUGAUUAAUGCUACCUCAAGUGAUAGAUUCAACAAGAUGGAAUCAAAUUUUAAUGAUGUGAAACAUGAUGAUGGUGAGAGAAGAUCAGUUUCAGAAAUCAUUGGUGUUUCUAGAUUUAGAGAAUUUGAUACGAAGAAAAGGGUGUUUGGAGAUUCUUCAUUGGUUGAAAAUGAUGUUAAAGAGGAAAGAAUGAGGAAGCUUUGGUUUCCAAUUGCAAGAAGAACAGCUGAAUGGUUUGUGAAUAGAGAAAAAAGUUCUCAACAAAAAUCAUUUUUAGAUGUAUAA